AUGGGAAAAUAUUUGUACUAUACCUGUGAUCAUAGCUAUGUGUCUGCUUCGCAGUCUCUCUGGACUCGAAUAACCUGCACAGAGGAAGGCUGGUCACCAAUACCAAAGUGUCGCAGACAGUGCUUUUUUCCUUCGGUGGAAAAUGGACAUUCUUCAUCUUCAGGACAAAUACACCAGGAAGGUGACACUGUGCAAAUUUUAUGUGACACGGGCUACAAACUUGCAAAUAAUCAAAGCAGCAUUACAUGUACGGAAGUUGACUGGUCCUCUGCUCCCAAAUGCAGCCCUGCCGGAUCAACAGUUGAGUACCAAUGCCAGGCCUUCUAUGAACUUCAGGGUGACAAACAUAUCACAUGCAGAAAUGGACAGUGGACAGAACCACCAAAAUGCUUAGAUGCAUGUGUAAUAUCAGCAGAAAUGAUGGAAAAACAUAAUAUACAAUUAAAAUGGAUACAGGACAAAAAUCUUUCUGCUGAAACAAAGGAUAUUGUUGAAUUUACUUGUAAACAGGGAUAUAGGGAAAAGACACCAAGAGAGACUUUUUGAGCAACCUGUCAGGAAGGGAAGCUGGAGUAUCCCACUUGUGAAAAAUGCUUGGGUUAA